GGGAGCGCGCACAGGACGCACGGCCCUCCGGAGCACUGUUGAUAUAGGCAACGCCGUCCUUCCAGCGCAGGUUAUGGCUGAGGACUUUGUGAAGAGAAGAGGACAACUCGGAUUACUUGAUAGGAACUAUGCGUUCAUCUGCUUUUAUGUGCGCAAAAGUUUUUACGCAUCGGCAGCGAUGAGCUCUAAAUCCAGAAGGCGUUGAGUCUGCUACAAUGUCACAUGCACAGGUUGAGAUAGCAGGACGCGGUUUCCCGGGCCUCUCUGUGGAUAUGAACGACGACUGCUUAACCCGGGUCCCAUCCCUGCUGAGGACGCGCGCUUUGGGCGCACGGAGAAACUCUUAUGGGCUGCAGAAAAUUACCAUGGACAUUGAUUCUCCUCUGUACAGCGGCGUGCUUUCCAAAGCCUUGUCCUGGUCAGCUGAGAAUAUCCCAACACUGCUCGAGUCCAGAGCGGAGGAUGAGAAAACUGAAGAGUUCCCGCGGUCGCCUUCUCCUGUUUUCAGCCCGGGCACCAGCUCCAACACGCCCCCCAGCAGCCAGGAGCCAGACGCCGGCUCUCUCACUGGAAACUGGGACCCCAAGCCGAGAUCCAGGGUUCGGGACGCUGGCAGCUCGGAGUCUGAAAAUGAAGUUCACAACAAACAGCUCAAGAUCUCAUUACAGAUCGCGUUUGAUGCUCAGUUGGAGCGGGAUGAGAAAGAGGACGUGGAGACCAAAGCGGUGGCGACCUCACCCGAUGGAAGAUAUCUCAAAUUCAACAUAGAGAUUGGGAGGGGGUCUUUCAAGACGGUCUAUAAAGGACUGGACACGGAGACAACAGUGGAGGUUGCAUGGUGUGAGCUACAGACCCGCAAGCUGACCAAGGCAGAGCGGCAGCGUUUCAGUGAAGAGGUGGACAUGCUGAAGGGCCUGCAGCACCCCAACAUUGUCCGUUUCCAUGACUCCUGGAAGUCCAUGGUGAAGGGCCACAAGUGCAUCAUCCUGGUGACUGAACUCAUGACCUCAGGCACGCUCAAAACGUACUUGAAGAGGUUCAAGGAGAUGAAGCUGAAGCUGCUACAGCGCUGGAGUCGUCAGAUUCUUAAAGGGCUUCACUUCCUGCACACGCGCACUCCUCCCAUCAUCCACCGGGACCUCAAGUGCGACAACAUCUUCAUCACCGGCCCCAUCGGCUCCGUCAAGAUAGGAGAUCUGGGGCUGGCCACCCUCAAAAGUGCCUCUUUUGCUAAAAGUGUCAUUGGAACACCAGAGUUCAUGGCCCCGGAGAUGUACGAGGAGAAGUACGACGAGGCGGUGGACGUCUACGCCUUUGGAAUGUGCAUCCUUGAGAUGGCCACCUCUGAGUACCCGUACUCCGAGUGCCAAAACGCCGCCCAGAUCUACCGCAAAGUCACCAGUGGAAUGAAGCCUGACAGUUUCUACAAAGUCAAAGUCCCCGAGCUCAAGGAAAUCAUUGAGGGCUGCAUUCGUAAUAACAACGAUGAAAGGUACACUAUUCAGGACCUCCUGGAACACCCCUUCUUCCAAGAGAACAAUGGCGUCCAUGUGGAGCUGGCAGAGGAGGAUGACAUGGUGAAGUCGGGCCUGAAACUGUGGCUGCGCAUGGAUGACACCAAGAAGCUCCACGGGAAGUACAAAGAAAACAACGCCAUCGAGUUCCUCUUCGAGCUUUACAAAGACGUGCCCGAGGAAGUGUCUCAGGAGAUGGUUGUACUUGGUUUUGUGUGUGAGGCAGACUUCAAGCUGGUGGCCAAGGCCAUACGGGACAGGGUAGCGGCCAUCAAGCGGCAGAGGGCGAAGCUGAGACGCCUUGCAGAGGAGCGGAAGAAGAAGCAGGAGCGAGAAGCCUUAGAGGAAGAAGCAGAGAUUAACUCUGCGCUACAUAAAGUCAGCGAUGUGGUUGCAAGAGAGUCCCCCAUCCCGGCCCUGACAUCUCCGGCCCCCUUACUGUCCCCUGUCACCAGCUCUGUGGACUCUGGAGUCAGCUCAAACUACCCCGCAGAGCCUGAGGAGCCAGAGGCAGACCAGCACUUCCACAUCCGCCACAACAGCCUGUCCUCUGCUAACUCUGACUGUGAGACGGACGGCUAUCUGAGCUCCUCUGGGCUUCAGGAUCCUCUGGAGGCUGGCAGCUUCAACGCGACCCCUCCCACCACGCAGACCAACAACCAUUCUGCAAAUGGCCUUCCCAUCCCAGCGCUCCGCUUCCCCUCGAGUAUUGCAGUAUCCAACAGCACAGAACACGGCUCCCCGAGCGGCUUCAACUCUCCUGUGGAAAGCUACGCCUCCGAUGUGACCUCAGGCUUGAGUGACGGCUACGAGGGCCUAUCAGAGAAGAACGAGAAAACAGCCAUGAAGCGAACAGCUGGGAAGCUUUUCAAAAGGAGGGCUCGCUCAAGGCUGCGCAUCACAGGGCUCUCUGAUAAAGUGGACCGGGUGGUGGAGUGUCAGCUGCAGACGCACAAUGACAAGAUGGUAACCUUCAAGUUCGACCUGGAUGGAGAUAACCCCGAAGACAUCGCUGCUGUCAUGGUGCACAAUGAGUUCAUCCUGCCAUCAGAGAAGGAGGGCUUCAUCCACCGCAUGGGCGACAUCAUCAAGCGUGCCGAGGCUCUGAUGGCCAAAGAGCAGCCGGUGCUCCUCCCUGCUUUCCACAACGGGGUGAACUCAUUGUCUUCCUCACAGCCAAAUUUGCACAGUCACACCCUUCCUCGAACACACUCCUCUUCUCUGCCUGACUUCAGUGUGGCUAACCCCAGCGUAGGGCUACGUGGCUCUCCCCCGUGCUCCAAUGGAGACUUCUUCAGUGCAGACAUUACUUCACCUGGGCGACCUCUGUUACGCUCACAGUCUUUCCACAACGCCCCAGGGUCUCCCGUCCAGUAUCAGCAGCAGCACCACCACAACCCUGCGUCCCUCCUGCCGCACCACCAGCACUACCACUUACCCUACAUGGGCCACAGUCACUUCCCGUUCCAGUACCCGGGCUCUCCAGGUUCCCCCAAGCCAGGCUAUCAUCCUCCCCUCACACGUGUUGCCAGUAACCCUACAUUCUCCUCCGUUACCCCCCCACCCCCCGGAUCCUCGAGUCCCCUGAGCGAGACCCCAAGCCCCGGAAGCAAUGAAAGUGUCAACAUGUCCCCCUCUGGCCCCCAGCACCCCAACAUGUGGCCCGCCCACACACAGCCCCUGUUUUCUUUAGCUAAUGUCAUCUCCAUGGCCAUGAGCAUGGCCCAGUCUUUCAUCCCUCCUGGAAACAUGCCCACCCAGGGGAUGCUCUCCUAUCCAGGGUACCCCCAGCAGCUACCUUCUCACAUGGCCCCCCAGUCAGGCUACCCCUCCAUGUACCCCCAACAUUACCAGACUUCAGCAGAGGCGCAUUACUCCACAGCGGGCUUCCAACAACAGAACAAUGUCUACCACAGCCCUGAGAAUACGCUGCUGAUGGAGGGUUAUCCUCAGAGCUCUCAUCCAGGCUGGCAGUAUCCUGUUUCUCCAACUUCCUUGCCUUCCACUCCUCCACCGGUUCCUCAGGAGCUCUCGCAGCAGGUCGGACCCUCCACUCCCCCCAGCAUGACCCAGGAGGAAAGUCUUCAGAGUUAUAUGGCCUCAUAUUCAGAACUGUCUCCAGUAAAGGCUGAAUCACAAUCAGAAGUCUCUAGUUCAAAUUCAGAUCUCUCCCCAUCACCCCCAGAGAGCCCAGAAAGCACUUUAUCAUCCUUCAGCCUUCCUUUGCACGCCGCCAUACCUGAGAUGAAAACCAGUAGCCCGAAACCAAACGCCUCUUCCUCAGAAUCUGAAGUCCAGUGUGCACCGGUCACUGUGGGGCGAUUCCAGGUUUCUCCCAGCAUGCACAUCCCUGCACCCGCUGCGCCCAUAGGUGCCCCACCCGCUGCCCCACAGCCGGCAGACAGCGUCAGCACCCCGUCAGAGAGCAGCACGGAGGAGCAGUGCGAGUCUGAGACCAGCCUGGGCACCUCCCUCACCAUGUCCCCCCCCCACCAACACCCCAACAGAGGGUCCAACCAGGGCGGCCUGCAGGAGGUCGACGGGCAGGUGGGAUGGGCUGGGAGCAAGGAGAAGGACAGAGAAGAGGAAGAGGUUGAAGUGGAGGAGGUGGUAGGGGAGCGACAGAGGACGAGGAAGAGGUGUCGGAGGAGAGCGUACAGCCUGAGCCUGCUGGGGACGUCUGCGGACAGCGGGCUCUCGGUGGCGGCCGCAGAGGUGGAGGGCCGGCUGUGGGACGGAGCGGCAGAGAGCCCGCAGUACAGCAACGCCCUUCACCAUCUGUGGACCAUGAACUACAACCGCAACAACCCCUACAUCAGCAGCGACGACUCGGACAGCGACGACUUGGACAUCGUGGAGGAGCUGCAGGAGCUCAGAGACAAACACCUGAUGGAGGUGCAGGCCCUGCAGGCGGCCCAGAAGAGAGAGAUUGAGGAGCUGUAUGAGAGGAUGGGGAAGGUGCCCCCCCCGGGCAUCGUCUGUCCUGCCACCAUGCUGUCCAGCCGGCAGCGCCGCCUGUCCAAGGGGAGCGGCUUCCCCUCGUCCCGCAGGAAUAGCCUGCAGCGCCUGGACAUUCUGCCCCCCCAAGGUAUCAUUAGGAGAAACUCCCUUGGAGGCAGCAGCAGCGGCUCCCAGGAUAAACCCAGCAAAGGCGUCACCUUUGCCACUGACAUUAGUAGAAUGUAAUGAACUCAGCCGAGCACGCUGUGUUUGUGGACUACCUCAUCUGAAGCGGUCAAACCCGUCCUGCAGGUGGAUCGCUUCAACACUUUCACUGGCACACCCGUCAGCAAACUGCUUCCCUCUGCCAGUGGUCAUUUACCUCAACGUAUAUAAAAUAAUAUAUACAAACUUUAAUCAGUGACGCUGGAUUUAGCCAGGAACUGUAACAUCCAGCUUUCAGCCCUCCGUUAGCUCUAGUGAAUUUGUUGCAGGUGAAGAACAGAAUCACUUCAUUUUAAAAAUCCUUAUUGCUUUCUUGUAAAUACACGGUUCAGAAAGAAACUGAACUUAUUUUCCUGCUUGUCUGAUUCACUGCCGUUUAUCAAUCUGAGCACAGUAUUGUGAACCAAAUGUGUAUUUUUUAAAACAUUGUUCCUGUAGUACAUCUUCUGAUUUCUUUAGUGAUAGGAUGGCUUAUAUUUUCCAUAAUCAGCGUGGAGAAGUUUGACCGCAUUCCUGGCAUUUUUAGAUGUACCGAAAUUAAUUUUCACAUUGUGCAGCAACACAAUAAGGCGAUAUCGAUUAUAUCAAUGCAUACGUACAACAGUUAUAAAUGUUGGAAAAGCUUUGCAGAAGACUUUAGCAAACACAACAUCACACUAUGCUUUUCAAGUACUACAGAUGGUUUAAUUAAAAAUGUUUUUUCAUUGAUGAUUUGUGAAAAAUCCACCCUAGAUUUUAGACUACUGGCUUUCCUGUUGAUUGUACAUGUGUAAAUAGUAGAAUGCCUUAUAGAUCAUGUUUACAAUUUACAAGUAAACUAAACAUGGCAACCUUAAUUCCUGCUCAAGCAAAAAGCAUUGCUUGUUCCCUAGAUCAAGCACCUUGUGCACUUUAGUAACUUUUGUUCAAUCAUUUUAGUGGAUAAAACUGUCAAUGAGGAGCUGAUAUUUUUCCACCAGGGAGGUAGAGAAUAUUUCCAGUUUGUUUGAUCACAGCAACGACGAUCUACCCUCCGGCAGUUCUGAAUAAUUAGUGCAUUGUGGGAAAUGGAGACAUCAGUCCAAGCUGUGAAUGUGAAGCAGUUGCCUUAUCAAAUAUUCACACUGAACUUUUUGGCAGUGAGAUUCCUGUAAGAUUUUCCAAAGUUCAUAAUAUAUUUUAAGAAGUUAAAAAAGUUUGAAUGUAGAUAUAUAUUUGUGUUGCUUUCUGAAACUGCUGCUGUCCUGCCAUGCUGAAUCUGUGCCUUUCCUUGACGAUGUCUUAUUUUAUAUUUUUACUCUCGAGAUUUGGUGGCUAGAUCAGACCCCAUGUAUCAAGGUUGACAAAAAUAAAUGCAAAUGUAAAUACCA